UGUGAACUGUUCAUCUUUACAGCUUGCUGCCAGCUGGUGGAAGUGCUGCUGACCCUGCUGAUCCUGAUCUGUGGCUCUGUGUCCUACAGCUCGACAGGCGGAUACACCGGCAUUCUCAGCCUGGGGGGCAUUUACUACUACCAGUAUGGAGGGGCAUACAGUGGCUUUACUGGAGCAGAGGGGGAAAAAGCCCAGCAACUUGACACCCAGUUCUACCACUUAAAGCUUCCGACAGCCCGGGCAGCCAUGGCUGUGGGAGGGGCCCUGAUGGCCUUCUCUUGCCUUCUGGUUUUGGUUGGGGUGCUGCGGCUGCCAUGGCAUUUCCCAGUCUGGCUGCUGCUAGAGGGCAGCCUGGACAUAUUCAUUGCACUCGGCUUUCUCCCUGCUCUGUACUUCUACUACCACCAUCUGCAGGAGGCCUACACUUCGCCAGUGUGCACAGAGCGAGAGCGGCUCUACCGGAGCAAAGGCUACCAAGGCUUCAGCUGCAGCGUGCACGGGGCAGAGAUAGCCGUUGGGCUCUUUGGCUGCGUUGCAGUUGUGGCCUUCUCAGUCAGUGCUGGCCUCGCCGUCCGGGGCUACAGAACAGUUCGGCAGCGGAGAGAGAAGCCAGUGCAAAUGGAUGAGUUUUAGGGGGCUUGUGCACCCCUCAGGUGUCCUACCAAUUCCUCUUUCCGUGACUUCCAGCCAGGACCCCAGAAGGGCUGCACCAUCGUCUGCCUUAGGCACUGCCCGCAUCAGAAAGCAGGGCCAUGGUCACAAGCCCCCUUCCUGCGGCCAAGCCACGCUGCUCUUAGCCAGCCUUCCCCUUUACGCCUUGUGGCUGAGCAUAGCAGGCACCUCCCUAGUCCCAUAACCCACAGCUGCGCCUGUCAGCAGUGCCUGGCUUACUGCUCGCGCUGAGCUCAGUAUCGUGGGAGGAGGCGGAACCCGAGUCCCCUUGUUGUGCACAUGAGAUGGCCCAGCUCCCUCACUGGCCUCUGCCUCCUCUACAAGCAGCUGGCUAGAGCCCUUGUUCGUUAGCUCAGACAGCUUUUCACUUGAGCUUCCCUAAGCACAACGGGUCAGCCAGCAAUUUCUCCUCUCCUCAGUGUCCAUUCCCAGCUGCUUGUGACAGCAAUGCAGGGAGCAGCUGCGAGGCAGAGCGCCCAGGCUCGGCCUGGAGCCUGCGUGGUCUCAUGUGGUGGGGAGAGGUCACCUUAAACCAUGGGUCUGACUUUCUGAAAACUUAACUGGUCACAUAAGGAAAUGAUUCCACCUCCCAAGCAGGAGUGGAAGGGUGAGUGAGGGCCAGCAGCCGGCUGUAGUGUCAGCCUGAGCAUUAGCUGAGUGCUGCAUGCCUGUGCAGAGCUUUACACCAGGAACAAGAGCCAGCUGGGGGCUGGCAGACAAAAUCCCUAUUGCAGCAAAAGGCAAAGCUUGGCCUCAGACGAGGGGAGAGGGGUUUACCUGGGCAAUAGCCUGUGGCCAAGCCGCAAGGAAAUGGCAGAGAGUUCUGGCAAUGCAAUGGAUUGCAGUGGAAAGACCAGCCCAUUAAAUACAGUUUCUAUGACUUGGCCUGCUGUAGUGGGGUAUUCUCUCCCCUUCCUCACCAGCACUCAGCUAAACGGCCAAAGUAGCAGAGUUCCUGGGCUCCUUACGGCACUGAGCCAUCAGGGAUAAUGGGGAGGCUUGCCAACUCUCUGGGAGUAGCUCAGCAUCUCCAGGAAUUAAAGAUGAAUUGUUAAAUACAAGCAGCCUGUGGCACCUUGGAAACAAACAAACAGAUCAGUCUCUACAGUGCCACAGGACGGCUUGUGGGUUUUCACAGAAUCCUAGAACUGGAAAGCCCUCGAGAGGCCCUCGAGUCCAGUCUCUGCCCUCGCGGCAGGACCCAGCACUGUCGAGAUCAUCCCAAGUAGAUGUUUAUCUAAACCAGCUCUUAAAUAUCUCCAGAGAUGGAGAUUCCACAACCCCCUUAGGCAAUUUAUUCCCGUGUUUAACCAACCUGUUAGGAAGUUUUUCUCAAUGUCCAACCUAAACCUCCCUUGCUGCAG